CUGCACUCAGCCAAACGCGCUCUUAAAUUGGCAUUUGGCUUUUUCUUUUGCUUUCCAGAAUCAAUCGAUCGAUCCGAUUCAGAGAAAACGCCAACGCAGAGCAGAAGGCGAUGGGAGAUUACCACUUCGUGUAUAAGGAUGUGGAAGGAGCCUCAACGCAGUGGGACGACAUUCAGAGAAAAUUAGGGAACCUCCCGCCGAAGCCGGCGCCGUUCAAGCCACCGGCUUUCACCGUUGCCGAUGACGAGGAUUCCAUAGCUAAAGACAAGGCAUGGAUAGAAGAUAAAACAGAGGAAGAGUUAGAAGAUCUUGAGGAUGAUCUCGACGACGAUCGCUUCCUUCAAGAGUACAGGAAGAAGAGAUUGAUGGAGAUGAGAGAAGCGGUCAAGAUUGCCCGGUUUGGUUCAGUGGUUCCAAUUUCUGGAUCAGAUUUUGUACGUGAAGUUUCACAAGCUCCUCCAGAUGUCUGGGUAGUAGUGAUGUUGUACAAGGAUGGAUUUCCAGAGUGCCGUCUUCUUUUGGAAUGUAUACAAAUACUGGCAACAAGAUAUACUGCAACAAAAUUUGUCAAAAUUAUAUCCACAGAGUGCAUUCCUAACUAUCCAGAUCAUAAUCUUCCCACGCUGCUGGUUUAUAACAAUGGUGCUGUUAAGGCUACUCAUGUGGGGCUCCAUAAUUUUGGUCGGAGAUGCACGCCCGAAAGUGUUGCUCUCGUUCUCUGCCAGUCAGAUCCCGUGCUCAAUGAUGGACAGUGUGGUGGAGAGCAAUCCCGCCAAGCUGUCCUUGAUGGAAUCACGAAGAAGUUUGUUGAGAGCGUGGUGAGAGAGCACGAAGAUGAUGAUGGAUCUUCAAGUGAUUAAUUAAGUUUUCUUUUUCAUUUCUUUCCAUUUGUUUUUUUCCCUUUUUCUUUUUGGUGGGUGGAGGGGGAUUUUUGUGUUUUGUAGUGUGAGUUAUUUCCUUCUUUUCUGAUCAGAUAUCUGUGACAGGUUUAUUACUAUGUUGUUGUGUGAAUUGUCGAAUGGGGUUCUUGUGGUAAGAUAUAUAAUUUUUCCUAGUAAAAGAGAAAACUUAUUAGAUCUCUAGCAAAUACCUUAAAUCCUUUGUGGUUUAACAAAUAUGUUUAAUUUGGUUCGAUCAAAUUCGUGAA